CAAAGUUUGUCUCUUCAAUAUUAACCUGAUGAUUAAACAAUACUGCUGGAGCUGCAAUUGCAAAAGUCUAUUUUCUAAAUUGGGUUGCAUGUGUGUGUUUGGAGGAUUGACCGAUUUUGAAUCCCAGACCACCUCACUAGUUAAAAAUCAACUCCAAAUGAACCCGGAAGUUUACUUCAUUUGCACCCAAUAAUUUAAGGAGGACUGAAGAUCAAGCCUCAUUACAGACCUAAUCAAUCGAACAUUUUCCCACACAGACAACUACAUCACCCAUUAUAGGCUCUGUAAGCACUUCAUCUCCACCUCUCGUCUUUUGUUUUUGUAAAGUUGACACAUUAGAGCGUAAAAGCUAAAUGCAGCUGAAUCUGUCUCCUCCUCGUUGCUGCUCUUAGCAGGUGGUUUGAUACCCCUCUUCCUUAAUAAGGCAGCUGACGUCAGAGAAACAGGGCGGCGUGUGCACGCGCGAGAGAGAAAGAAGGAGAGAGAGAGAGAUGUGUAUGCCCACAGUGCGCAUGUGCAAAAACAGUGAUCUCUGCUGCGGUGGUAGAGGGGCCAGAGACACACAGCUAGAGAGAUGGCGCGGCACCCGACCGGAGCGCGAGGACAGCUGGUUGGCGGUGGGGGGGCUUGAAUCAUAAAGAGAAUCGCAAAAAUUUUUAAAAAGGGAAAAAAAGAGAAAAAAUAUCAAGAAAAAUAAGGACUCGGGGGAAGGAGUUUUCAUUCAACAAAACAGCGAGAGAGGAGAGGGAAAAAUCCGAGAAUAUCAGGAGUGAGAGGAGGAGGCUGCUGCUGCUGCUGCUGCUGCUACAAGAGAGAGGGGAGGAAAAAAGCAACAAAAGAAAACUGAACUUCUACUACUGCACGUGAGGACUUGUGGGCAUCAGCUACCUGCGGUAGGUCAGAUAGAUGGUUGGUCCACAGCGCUGCCCGGAUCAUGAACGCACAGCUGUCGAUGGAGAAUAUUGGCGAUCUGCACGGAGUGAGCCAUGAGACCGUGUCCGGUCACGGAGAGCUGCUAAGCGGCCACAGUCCACAUUCCCGUCCUGGGCCCCGGGGUCUCAGCCACCGCGCGAUGGGCAUGGCGACCCUGCUGGACGGCGGAGACUAUCACCCCGGACAUCCCGGACACCUGCACCCGGCCAUCAGCAUGUGUGAAGCCCCCCCUGGCAUGAGCGCGAGCAGCACUUACACUACCCUCACCCCCCUACAGCCCUUACCCCCCAUCUCCACCGUGUCCGACAAGUUUCCUCCCCAUCACCACCACCACCACCAUCCGCAUCAUCCUCACCAUCACCCCCACCAAAGGAUCCCCGGGAACGUCAGUGGCAGCUUCACGUUAAUGCGCGAGGACCGGAGUCUGGCGCCCAUGAACAGUCUGUACCCCGCAUAUCAUCACAAGGAUCCCUGCAUGGGCCAGAGCCUGUCCCCGCUGUCCGGCUCCGGUCUGGCAAGCAUACACACGACCCAGGCAGGCAUCCCUCCCUACGCUCACCCCGGUGCCGCCAUGCCCGGUGAGAAGAUGCUCACCCCCAGCGGGUUUGAGGCUCACCACCCGGCCAUGCUCGGCAGACACACGGAGCAGCACAUGAGCUCCUCGGCGGGCAUGGUACAAAUCAACGGCCUCCACCACCACCCGCACGCCCACCUCGGCGCGCAGGGGCACGGCCAGGGGCUGGGGAGCAGCCGGGAGCAGGCCUCCGGGCCCGGGCAGCAAGGGGGCGGCGGCGGUGGAGGGGGCGGUGUAUCUGGAGGCCAGAUGGAGGAGGUGAAUACCAAAGAGGUGGCGCAGAGGAUCACCACGGAGCUGAAGCGCUACAGCAUCCCUCAGGCCAUCUUUGCCCAGCGGGUCCUGUGCAGAUCCCAAGGGACUCUGUCCGACCUGCUGAGGAACCCUAAACCCUGGUCCAAGCUCAAGUCCGGCAGAGAGACUUUCCGGCGCAUGUGGAAGUGGCUGCAGGAGCCUGAGUUCCAGCGCAUGAGUGCGCUCAGGCUCGCAGGUGAGCGAAGCCUCGGUAAAGCCCCUUUUUGUUUUUAUCCUUUUUGAAUGUGUUGCUGAGAAAACCGGUCACUUUAUCAGAACCAUUAGCUCUGCAUGCUACUCCUAAAUGAGCACUGGGUUUAAUAGUCUGGGAACAACUGGAUAUAAAUUUAAAAAGCUACAAAAAGGCUGAAUGUACACCAGAUUUAGAAAUAUGUCUCUUUUAGCUCAUUGUGCAUGAUCAUUAGAUUACAUAACAUUAAGUUUCCAUAACCCUUCACACAUCACACCAGCCCCAGCUUUGGAGAGGUUCAUUCUCUGGUUCCAAAUGUUGGUUCCUAUAUGAGAAGAUAGGCAUGUUGGUAAAUUAAGUUCAGCAUAAUUUCAAAAAAGAAGUUCAGACGCUUCUCAAAGCUGAAGCCUGAGCACCAAUUCUUGUUGCCUGACAUCAAUCCGCAUCCAUUUUUGUCUGUGCAAGGAUUUUGGGGUUGUGUGAAACAAGUGCUCAUGUCAUCUUACCUCAAAAUAUCGACCGCUGGACUGUGUGCGUAAACUGAUCCCAGGCCGAGAAAUCAUUAGGAAUGUGUUUAUUUUGGUGCAGAUGCAACUGAUCAAGCUUUUUGGUGUUGUUCCUGCAUGCUGUAAACAGAAAGAGAGAGGGCUGUUCAGAGUCUAUAGUGAAUUAAAUGUAAAUGUUGAGCAAAUCUGGAGUGUUGCUUUGUGUGGUUUUCGUUUAAAUAGACGAAUAGGUGUUGGAGCUGAGAGCAUGUGUUUGUGUUUUGGCCGUAAACUAACCCUGACUUGGCUGAGCUUUCUCUAAUUAACUGAUAGACCUCUGUAUUAAUUUGUCCCUGAGGUAUACGCACGAGUCAAUUAGGGUGCGCUGUUGAGGCACCAAUCGCACGUGCGCGUUCACAGACACCCAAUGGAUUUUUUCCUUUAACGUCCACGAAACUAAUCAAUGACCUACAAAUGGGCUUUUUGGCUUUUGGAAAAGUGAGGCUGCUGCGGCCAGGAGGAGGAAAGUGCGCGUGCAUUAGUGUUGUAUUUAGGAGGCGUGUGCACGUGGGUGUAAUCGCAAUAGAUUCUGUUCAUUUUACCCUUUUUCUGCUUCUUGUGUGUGAUUUAAUGAGACUUAAAAAUCAGUUGAUAAACAUGUAUUUUUAACCCUUUGGUUCAAAAAGCUGAUUUUUAAAUUUGAUUAUUGAUGGAAAAUGUCUCAGAUUAAAAGCAGCAAUUGAAACAAAGAAUCAGGCCUUUUGAUUACCUGAUUGAUUGAUUACUUUUUUAAAACAUCAAUUGAACACGUGUAUUGAUAUGAGCUUUAUUGUGAAAUCGCCUAUGUCAGGCCUGCUUUUGUCUUUUUUUCUUGUGCAGUUUUAUUACCUAUUUUUCUGUGUCCAAACAGGAAAAAAAAAAGAAACUCAAAGUUUUUCUCUGGAAACAAAAACGUAAGAAUAUAAAUGUGUCUUUUUUUGUUCUUGUAGAAAAGAACAAGGAGAAAAUGUACAGUAAAAAUCUAAAUUAAUUUGGAGGGAAUCGUCUGAGCGCCUGUGUAUUGAUCCGUUCGUUCCUAGGUGAAGCAGAUAUGUGAUCGUGUUCUGAAGUAGAUGUGAUAUACUUAUUGAUUUUAGGCUUCUGAAAUUAAUCUCAGGCCUUUUCUCUUUUUCCCACGUAUUCAAUUACCCACCUGAAUUUGCUUGACUACAACAAAAUGUAAUAGAAUAAAUCCAAAAGUAGGCAGAUUUGGCACCGGGCAUGAUGAUGAAUAUAUUAAAAACAGGAGAUUUAUAAAAGAAUGAAGAAUGAACUUUUUACGCAGAAAUGAUAUGUAUUGCUGGUUGUUUGACAAAUGUAGUGAACACCAUUAUAAAGUGUAUGGUGGUAGAUGUUUUUGUCUGAGAAAAGGGUUAAAAGGUUUCUUUUCCAGGUGAAUAUUUGCAGUAUGUUGCGCUCAGAGGUCUGUUUGUUGUUCUCGGUGAGAUUAUGAAACGCAGGACUGUCGCUGUCAGUGUGUGCUGUGUGUGUUUGAGUGUGUGUGGAGUUAUCUGUAUGUUUGUAAUGAUUAGCCGGGAGCAGCAGCUGUGUGUGUGUGUGUGUGUGUGUGUGUGUGUGUGUGUGUGUGUGUGUGUGUGUGUGUGUGUGUGUGUGUGUGUGUGUGUGUGUGUGUGUGUGAUUAUUGAUAACGAGGCCCUUGUUGUGUGUCCCUCUGGUCCUGGGAAAGCUGCUGGCCUCCUCCUGACUGUGCUGCUCGGGCCUCCUGCUCCUCCCGCUCCUCGUGCUCCUCCUGUUUUCGGGCUCGCGCGCUCAGUGGAGGCUCUUGCUGUCUGCGUGGCCUUCACUGCCGCUGAUUUAUAGCCGCCCCUCCACGAAGAGCCCCGGCUCUCUGUUAAUAUUUAGCAGCAUUGGAGACACCGGGCUGCUCUGUGUCGCUAAUACACUCCAGUUUAUGGUCAUGAGGACAGCAUUCACUGUAUCACACACACACACACACUCUAACACACACACACACACCUGAGGGAGAGGCUGUUCAGAGAGAGUGUGUGCUGAGAGGCUAAAAUGUGUUUAAAUUUCUCCCUGAAUACGAAUUUUACACGAAUUUUAGAGGCAGUGGCACAUAUAACCAUAAUAUCUGACAUUUUGCGUGAGGUUAUUGUUAUAUCAGAGUGAUACGCUUUUCAUCAUUGGUGCCUUCUCUUUGUGUUAGAAACCCAAUCUAAUUUUAAUACUAAAGGUUUUCUACGUGCCUCGCUGAGUUUUGAGUUUCCUUUUUAUUGAAUGUUGAAAUCUGUAAAAUUAAUCUCCAUUCCUGUCGGUAAUUACUUUGUGUUAAGAAUAUUCACUAAUUUCCCCAGUGAGUCUAUGCUGGGCCCCUCGGCUUGUCUGAGCAGCUCACGUCUGCCCCCUACUGGCGUCGGCUCACAGGUGACUCGUGUGUCUGUGAAUGUCAGGAAUUUGUGAGAAAAAAGCAAAAUGUAAGAGCAUAGAGGCAAGAGGGUUUUUUUAUGCAGUCAAACAGACUCUGAUGAUCUAUUUUUGAAUAUUAAAUAGUCUUUGUUUUGAGGGGUUAUUUGAGAGUUGUGGUCUAUGUUGAAGAGUAUUAGUUUUCAGCACCUUGGACAGCACUCAUUGUUCUCCUGUCUGUCUGCACUCCAUUAAAGAAAACAUGGCUCAGCUUCUGGUCAGUCCACUAACAGAAGGAAAUAGGGUCCCAUGAGGGGAUCCCAGGCAGAAUGCAGAGGAGUUCAUUCAAGCACUGGAAGGAUGUCUGUGUUUUGAACAAAAAUAUCACCAUAAUCAAAUCUGAAAUAUUCUAUACAAAGUUAUAAAGAAAUCUCAAAUCUCAUAAGUUAAGAAAAAGAGCAUCCCAUCAACAUUUCAAGUCAUUUAUGAGUGGAUGACAGAUAAAGCUUUAACAACACCUUUUCCAUUAUCGCCUAUUCUGUGAAACUUGAAUGCUUACAGCUUUUACAGGUCUAGAAAGUGUUUAGUAAUUGGUUUUGUUUAAGUCUAACUGCAGUAGCUGGUAUCACAAAUAAAUGAAAGCGAGAAUACAAGCGGAACAAGAGAUUUCGAACUGAUAUUCAAGUCAGUGUAAUCACAUUUAUCUAAGUUUCAGUUGUUUUCAAAAGUCUUCAGCACCCUUUUCAUGCCAUAUUGGAAAUUCAAGGCUAUUGGUCAAGCUUUAAUUUAAAGUUGUAUUUUUAAGGAUGUGUUCGAGGUUCAUCAUUUCAUUUUAUAUUCUUAAAAGCAACAUGAAUGAGAGAGGUGUGAUCUUAAAAGUUUAUAGAAAGCUUAACAACUUACAAAAAGGAAAAUAUUAGAUAUUGAUAUUACUCCGAAGUUAUCUCACCAGUUUGUAUGAAUUGAUUAAAAACUUGCAAAGUUUCUCAGAAGGAUAGCUACUGAGAAAAGUUACAAUAGUUUUCUGUCAUUUAUAAUUUUCAAAUCAAGUAAAUCACACCUGUUUUCACCAACACACUGUGUCUCUCUUUCUGUCUCUCCACAGCAUGCAAACGUAAGGAACAGGACCACGGCAGGAACGAUCGGGGGAACAUGACCAAGAAGCCACGGCUGGUGUUCACAGAUGUGCAGCGACGGACGCUCCACGCCAUCUUCAAAGAGAACAAGCGUCCAUCCAAAGAGCUCCAGGUCACCAUCGCCCAGCAGCUGGGCCUGGAGCUGGCCACAGUCAGCAACUUCUUUAUGAACGCACGCCGCCGGAGCCUGGAUAAGUGGGUGGACGACGGCUCUGGUCACCCCAUCAACUCUGGCCCCAAUGCCUGCACCAAAGCCUGAAGACGGACUGAUCCGACCAACUCAUGGACUGACUCAACCUCGGUGGAAAAGCUUUAAAACUUUAGAGAAACAAAGAGAAACUUAAAGAGACCUUGAAGCAACAUUUUGCCCUUAAACCUGUACUAUAUUGAUAUUUAUAGUAUCCAAAGAUGAAAAAACAAACCAAAGACUUCUUGUUUGACCUGCUUUGAAAUGUUUGUUUCAGCAACACGAUUAUGUGUAACAUACUGCAAAAAGACUAUAGUUUUACCCUCCCCCUCACACACACUCACCCACUGUCACUGGUCUAUAGCUUUAAUAUACCCCACUUUACCUCCCCAGCCAGUUUCAAUCUUCACCGUCCUUAUCUUUAAUCUGAUUGGUUGGUUUUAACGAUGGAGGUCUUAAUCAGCCUGUUGGCAGCCUGGUCUGCAGACGUCCACACCCUUGAAAAAAACAGCUAGAAUGUGGAGCUCCAGUGGGAUUGGCCAAUCAACUUUAAAGACAAAAUUAAUCCUACAGGAGCGACUGGAUUGUUGGGUUUGGACAGGUGGAGGUGGACCGUCUGUCAAGCUGUCUGUCUCUCUAUCAAGCAUUCCAGACAGACAGGGAGAUGCCUCAUACGUAGACUGCUAACCCAAAACCAAAACAAUACCAAACCUCAACCCUCAUGGUAGUGCUCUCUUCCAACAUGCUGAAGCGUCAGAUGAUUUAAACAAGAGAAACCAAAGCCUUCUUCAAACCAAAGCCUCUCAUUUCAUCUUGGAUUGAAAACACUCGAGGAGAAAGAGAUUAGACCAAAGAGUACAAUUAAUCAACGUUGAAGCGUGUAAGAGUAUUUUUACCUAAUUUUCUGCCUUUACUUCUGAGACAGACUGUUAGUUAGGCUAAACAACAACAAGGAGGUUGUUAAUGCUUGAAGUUCAUGAAACAUUCUGAGUCAUACUUAGAUUUCUGUCCCUGCAAAUGGAAACUUUCUGCAACACAACCCUAGAAAUCUAUCAGCCAAGAAAUCCUUUAUAUAGUGUCAAAAUUAAUCCCAUGAAUCCUCAAAUACAAAGCAGGUCCAGUGAGAAUUAUUUUCAACAAUAUGGAGAUAGACUCAACAUUUAUGACCAAACACAGACUCACUAUGAGCAACAAGGAAAAACUUGACUUAACAGGCAGAAACCUUGAGCAGAACCAGACUCAUUGACAGACAGCCAUCUGCCGAGACUGGACUAAAGUUUGCCUUAUUGAUGCCUUCUUAAAUCAAACCAAAAAUCCAGCUACAUCUCACUAAACAGUCUUUUUGUGAAGAUGAAUCACUGCAGAAGCAUAAUUUCCCCUCUUAGCAGAUUAGCUCAAGGUGUUGAGUGCAAAUACUAGCACCUUCAAAACAAUGAUUAAUCCAUUCAGCAGUGUGUUUUCUCUGCAAGGGUGAAAACCAGACAUGGCUCUCACUGGGCUUUCUUGGCACUGUGAGGGAGACAACAUCCUCUGUGUCGCCGCUCUUAUGAUAAAAAGCAUUCACCCCUGUGUGCUUCAUAUCUAUAUGAUUUUAUCCUGCUCAUCAAAGAUGUUGGGCCAAGGGGGAUGAUAUCAAUGAUCAAAUCACUUUAAGGCACUUACACAGCAAUGUCAGCUCCUCACCUGAAUACGAAAACACCCCACCCUGCUUGUUGUAAAUCCCCAGACCCAUUCCUCCCACUCCCACUUACCACCUGUCCUAGCAAGCUAUGCAUUUCAGCAGUAGGAGGAAAGCACUACACGGGGCCGGCCCAGGGCAGCGUAUCAUUAAAUAUAUCGAGCUGGCCCCCCUCUCAUCAUCCUCCUCAUGGCCUGGGUUAGCAGCUCUACAUUCAUCAGAACAAGCGCUGAAGGAGAGGCGAGAGAGUUCGCUCGCCUCUUCAUCUCUGACAGAAAAACCAAAAAGACGAAAAAGAGACAAAAAAAUGUGUUCAGACCUGCUGAUGUUUUAUAGUGUGAACCAAAGAUGCUACCUCACUCAAGUUCCAUACGUGAUUUCUAUCACUUUGAUGAUACCAAAGAUAACCAAAGAUUUUUUCUUCUCAUUGCACGGCCUCUAUGAGUGGUGUUAGAAGAUAUUGUGUGUCUCUCCCCCUCCCCCCCCUCCUGUCUCCUCUUUCUCUUCCUUUCUUCUACCAUUUCUGCCCCUCCCACCUGCACUCAACCCAUGCACCCCUGCUAUGCGUGCUCUUGCUUCAUCUGUACUCUGAUUACAGCUCCAUAGGUAGUCAUGCUGAUGUAGCUAGAGGCAGAUAUGCUGAUCUGGCCAUGGAUACACACAAGUGGCCUCUCAGGGGCCAGCAGGGGACAGAGGGGAGUCGCCGGGAACGUGAUCGGUUUUUCUUCUAGCUCAUCAGCUGCACCUUAUUGAUCAGUUCUAUGAUUUUACUGGCAGAACAGACAUAUUCGAACACAGAACUUGAUCAAAAAAAUUGAGAAUUGUGAAAAGGUUUACGAUUAAUUUCAAAAUAACAAAUGUAAAUUUGAUGGUGCACCCAGCUUUCUUUUCUUUGCAGCCUCCCUUCUCCUUCAGCCCUGCCUCUUCGUGUGUAUCUAUGAUUUUAUUGAUCCUCCAUCUAGGUCAGACAUCUUUACAUGACAAUAGGCAGACAAGCUGACAUAGCCAUGGGCAGAUUUGUUGACUCAACUAUAGGCAGACAUGUUCCUGAAAGUAGAAGCAGACGUGUUGCAAUCUUUCUAAAACUCCCAGGACGAGUGCCUUGCUUGAACCAAAGUGUAAAACCGCUGUUGACCUCUCACCUUUGACUCUGUGAAUACCUCAGCCUGUAGAAGGGCCACUACUGAAGAAACAAGGAAAUGUGUUUUUUUCCUCUUCUUUUUUUUAAAUCACACCGUGGUGCUUUUGCCAGCGCAACCAUGCAAUGAAAACAUACCAAAGGAAUUUCUGUUGUCCACUUCUACAGAUUAAACCAAAGGUCUUUGUUUCUUCUCUCUCUCCCUCGCCCCCUUUCAGCCCUCCUUCUCUCUUUCUCGUCCCUCCUGACCUGCUUUGUCUCUCUGCUCUGUGUAGAAAAGUCCAGCACUCUGGCCGUGCAUGUCUUUACCAAUGUCUCUGAAUACCUCAUAGUAAUAAUUCCUUUGAGUUCUGCAUUGAGACGUCUAUCUGUGAGCAAAGCAGAACUCCACUCUUGUGGUAACUGUUGUUGUUACUUCAAAAAGAAAAGCUGUAUGAUUAUCUAUUUUGAAGUUUGUUUUUUGGCAGAAGUGCUCUGUUCAAAGUCGCGGAGGACAAGUUUCAGGGUUGAUGUAUGAAACUUAAGGGAUGGAGGGAGAAGCGUAUUUUUUAUCAGACAUUGGGUUAUGCCAAUAUUAUGAUGGUAGACUAUUGCUUUUACAGGGUAAAACCAACUGCUGUGAUAUUGUGUUCAUAUUUUCCCUUUUCUCUACUUCUGUGUUGUGAUUUUAAUUUAAUUGCAUUUUUGUAAUGGUUAACCACUGCUUUAAUUUAUGCAUUUGUAGAAACUCUAGAUUUGUAUAUAGUAGGUUUUUUGGAAGAAAAAAAACAAACAAAAAAGACAGUUUUAUGUUACAGCCUUAUUUCCCACGCUUAGAUUUAACAAAGGAGUAGUUUGUAUUCUUCUUCAGCUGAAUCCUAGCCGGCAUUUCAAUGUGUUUUAAACACUGCCAGAAACCCAGACAGUUGAUUUGCCAAUGCAGACAAAGUUAUACAGGAGCUACUUUGUUGAACAGCUGGCAAAAAGCAGUGUGUACGUGUGUGCGUGUUUUUUCUAUUCUUUUGACUUUUUAACGAAAACUGUUAUUUUAUGGGUAUUACUGCACAUCCAAAGAUUUUUAAAACAAACCAAAAAUUGGACAAAAAAAUAUGUAUAAUGUUGAAAAGCACUGGCAUUUGUGAGGUAGACUUGUUGAGUUUUGAUUUGCCAUUCGCACGGGUAUAGAAUGUAGAAGGCGUAGGGCUGUGUAGACAAGCUUACUCGACCAUGUGGGGAACCUCCUGUUCAAUGUACAAUCUAAAGCAUCUGAAGAAACGAGGGCUGCAAGUCCUGCUCACUUUGCUGUCUCAUACACAGAGUGAGGUGGAGCUGAGGCUGGGCAGCCGGUCUGCCAGGGGCCGUGUCACGGAGCUGGGUCUGUUUUUAUUGCCGUGGCACAGCCGCCUCACUCCAUCUGGUAUCUGUUCUUUUGGUACAUACUCGUGUAAUGACUAUGAGCAAAGUCUAAUAAAACUGUAAAGAAGCUUACAAAGGAAUCAGUGUGUAAGUGUGUAUGGCGACAACCACCCGGACUGCUCAUUUCUUUUGUGCGUGUGCUCACAUGCAUGUCAUUCUUGGCUGUGUGUUUGUCUUUUGUUUUGAAUCAGUUUGUUGCUGCUGGUGUGUUUGCAUGUGUGUGUGGCUGGUUGGUGCAUAUCACAGUAAGUCUGACUCCCUCUGCCUGUCAGAGGCCUUACUGUUAGAUAACAGCAGCAUGUUAUGCAGUCAUUAUGUCACAGAUUGUGGAUGUUUUUCACAAAAACUACAGGUGCUUACAUAACAAAAUAAAGGCCUGUAGAAGAGAAGGGAUGGAUGAUGCUGUGUGAAUCUACUUUUUACUCAUUUGACAUGUUCUCUUAUUUAUUUUGACCCUAAGGAGUUCCCAUAUGAUGGGUGGCUUGGCUACAAGUCUCAUAACAAUACUGCAGCGCCUAAGACAAUCAUCUGGAUCUCUAACGCUGGGGAACUAGUUUCUCGCCCGCAGAGGGGUGUCCUCCAGCUCUUCAUACGCAAAGAUGCUUGAAGGGUUUUGAUAAACAAGCAUAUUUGUUGUCAUUCACAUUUAGGAUUAGAUCACAGUAGUCUUCAUCUUGCACUUGCAUUUUCAGAAUGAAAUUUCAUUGCUCACAUCCGCCUCGUGCUCUGUCAUACUUGAUCUCUUUCUUUUGACCUCCUUCUCGACUCACAAUGCUUCUUCAGUUUAAGUAUGUGUGUGUGUGUGUUUGUGUGUUUGAGUACGUGUGCGAGAAAGUGUGUGUGCUUGUGUGCCAGAGAGGCAAUGCCGUCAGUGUUACUCUCAGAUAUAUAACUCCAUGUCUCAUGACUUGAUUUGUCAUUGCUGUUUCCAGGCUUUGCUACUGCUUUCUCAGUGCCGUGCAAUAUCAUCUGUUGUGAUUGCUAAGCAAAUGAAAAAAAAAAGAAAGAAAAUUGAGAAGCAAGUGAUGAUGUCAUCCAGCUUUUUUCAGUGUUCAAAUGUUUCAACAUUUCUGUAGUCACAAAAAAGUAGAAAAUAAACUGUUGGUAUUUCCAGCCUCAGAAUCCUGCCUCUUGUUAUUAUUUCACUGCAUUUUUGGGUGGGAUUUGUCAUUCCUCUUUAUUUUUUUUUUUGUUCACAUCAACAAAUUGAAUCAAUAAAAUGUCAAGGAAGUCGAGUACAGCACAAAUAGACAAACCAUAUGAGUGUGUCAUGGAUGAGAAUCUGCAGCCAGUGCAGAUGAUGGCCGAUAUACAGUAUUUUUUUGCAUUAGAUAACAUAUAACAUUUGACAGUGACACAGUGGUUCCCAAACUUUUUCUACCCACCCCCCCUUUGGCAGAUAAAAAUUGUUUCAG